AUUUUAAGAGAUCCACAUUCACACCCUCAAAAAAUUGUCAACAUCACAGUCGUAAUCCAGAAGACAUGAAUCUAAAGAGGGUAUAUAAAAAGAUAGCAAAUCCUCAACUAGCUGAAUCGGUUGAGUAAAGGCCUUUGGAGUUGGACCCCUAACUGGCUCUCAGGAUGCAGCUAGAGGUACAGAUUGACACUACGACCUUGAGUUAUUGGUUGAACUGGAGAGUACUUCUAUGCUCAAUUUGGGUGUUCACACCUAUGGUCUUAGCCUUAUAUAUUAUAUGGAAAUAUGAAGAACCCCACCAUUUAAAAUCUGGAACAGGAGAAGUUGAGCAAAGUCUAGAUCAGUCUUUGUGUGACAAUGAAGCUUGGAGACCAAGCCUUAAACAAAUUCACCCCCUUUGGUUGCUGGGUUUUCGACUUUUUGCGUUCUUCUCACUUUUGACAACCUUAAUUUUCAAAAUUGUUAUCAGUGGAGCGACCACAUUUCUCUAUUAUACCCAAUUGACUUUUACCUUACUGACCGUUUAUUUUGGGUAUGGAGCACUGCUCUCUAUUUAUGGUUGUUACCAGUAUAGACUAAGGAACAAGAAGUCAAAUGUUUCCCAUUUUGAAACAAAUACGGGGCAAGGAUCAUACAUGCCCCUCAUCAGUAAUGAUACCGAGAGGAACACCUCAAAUCCGAAAAAGGAUGACUGUUAUAUGUUCCAACUGCCAAGGAUUUUUACUUAUGUUUUUGAGAUUUUAUUUCAGAUGAAUGCUGGAGCAGUGAUGCUUACUGAUUCUGUCUUUUGGAUUAUUAUAGUCCCGUUUCUUACUAUCAAAGAUUACAACCUAACUUUUAUGAAUGUCAGCUUGCAUUCAUUCAAUGCCAUUUUACUCCUCUGCGAUACAGCUUUGAAUUGCUUGCAAGUUCCCGUCUUUCGUAUUACUUUCUUCAUUUUGUGGACUGGUGUUUUCGUCAUUUUCCAGUGGAUCAUUCAUGCAUGUGUAUCAUUUUGGUGGCCAUAUCCAUUUCUUGAAUUGUCAUCACCAUAUGCUCCACUGUGGUACUUGCUGGUUGCAGUAAUGCACAUACCCUGUUAUGGUUUAUUUGUUUUGAUAGUGAAAAUGAAACGUUUCUUGUUGACCAAAUGGUUCCCAUUGUCUUGUCAGUGUUGAAGAUAAGAAGCUAUUUGAGGGUUUUGACUUGUUUUUGACGCACACUCCUCAAGCUUCUUUCUUUUCAAAAUUUUCACUUGACAAUGGUAUUUAGCAGCAAAAGGCUCUGCACUCAUGGCUUCUUACAACAGGAUUCUGAAAUUGAAGGGCAAAAGAGGUCAUGCCCAACAGCGAAACACUAUUUUUUCAAAACAAAUCAUCAUUUUUAAGGUUGAUACAGUUAACUGUCUUGCUGUAGAUUUAACUGAUUGCUCAAGCUUUAUUAUAUAGCCAAAUGUAACUUCAGCUUCCCCUCGAAAAUGGGAGCUGAAAAAUUCUGGAUAGAUAUGAUGAAUUGGACAACAAGUUUGAUAA